UCUUAACUAACUUCUGCCGCACGCCAAGCGAGGUUACGUUCUAUGUGCACGAGUUGUUAGUAACUGUAUAAAUUAAGCCAAGAUCUGGCGGCAAUUGUAGAAUAAGUUUUAUUGUGUAGUUUGUUGUUGAAUUAGACGAAUUAAUUAAUAAAAAUGGGUAUUACCGGUUUGUUACCAUUCUUGGAGAAGUCUUCUAAGAGAACGAAUAUCCAAGAAUUUUCCGGUGGCACUGUCGCGAUCGAUUCUUACUGUUGGUUACACAAAGGUGUCUUUUCUUGCGCCGAGAAACUGAUGAUGGGACAAACGACGGAUGCGUACGUUUCGUACUGUAUGAAAUACAUAAACAUGCUUUUGCAAUAUAAAAUAAAACCGAUCUUGGUGUUUGAUGGUCGACGAUUGCCCGCUAAGGAACAGACGGAAAUUAAAAGACGUGACUCGAGAAACAUGAAUCGUCGUAAAGCAAUGGAAUUGAUACAAAUGGGCCAAGUCGCAGAGGGAAAAAACUUAUUGAAACGAGCCAUAGACGUUACUCAUGAAAUUGCAUUAGAAUUAAUUAAACGUUGUCAAAAAGAGAACGUUGAUUGCAUUGUGGCUCCUUACGAAGCGGAUGCACAAUUGGCGUACCUGAAUAUUAUUGGUAUAGCUGACGUUGUUAUCACAGAAGACAGUGAUUUGACAUUAUUUGGAUGUAAAAGAAUACUUUUUAAAAUGGAUUUUAAUGGAAACGGAGUUUUAAUCGAACAAGAUCGAUUACAUUUAGCAAUGAACGUGCACUCCGAACAAUUUCACAUGGAUAAGUUCCGUCACAUCUGUAUUUUAUCUGGUUGUGAUUAUCUUCCGUCCUUGCCUGGCAUCGGCUUAAGGAAGGCACAAAAAUUUAUUGACAAAAACACGGAUGACAACAUACAUAAGGCAUUGACACGUUUAGGAUCUGUACUCAACAUGAAAUCGUUAGUUGUGACAGCAGAGUACAGAGAUGCAUUCGUGUUAGCGGAUAUAACGUUUAAACAUCAAUUAGUAUUUUGUCCGUUACAAAGGAAACAAGUACGAUUGAAUCCGCCCACAGCUGAUAUUACUGAAGAUCAAUUACAGUAUGCUGGUACUGAAUUAAAUGCAGAUAUCGCUUUACAACUGGCCUUUGGUAAUUGUGAUCCAUGUACUCUAAAAAUGGUUCAUAAUUUCGAUCCAGACAAAAUUGAACGUAAAAGGAAGUGUAAUGCUGAAAUAGAACAAACAUCUAUUAUUCACACUAGCAUUUGGUCCGACAAGUAUAAAUUAAAAACAGACAAUCAUAGAUAUGAGAAUACAUUAAACUCAUCAAUCAAAGCUAGAAAAGAGUUAUGUAUACGAAGAGAUUCUCUAAAAAAUGAGAACAUUUCUUUAAAAUAUACUAGUCCAACUAUACAAUGCGACAGAUUUUCAGAAUAUCAAGAUUUAGGAAAAAACGCUAUUUUGGAUAUGUAUAAUUCAAAUCAAAAUACAAAACUAAUUCUCAGCCCCGAAAAACGAUCGAAGGAAUAUUUAACAGAAAAUAAUGUAUCACCAGAAUUAUUAACAAAAAAUCCAUUCGUGAAAAGAGUAUCCGAUCUCACAACCUCGCCGAGUAUUUUGUCUCAAGAAAAUUGCCGGAAAAGAGGAAGAAACUUAAUGCGCGUAAGGCGAACUAUCAUAGACGAAAACAUUAUCGUGGAAAGCAAAUAUUUUUCGAAACAUGAUAACGAGAAGAGCGAUGCACUAAAGUCAGAAAACAACGUUAAAGAUUUCAAUUUAAAACGUACAAAACGUAAUGAGAAUUCAACAAUGGACGUCUGUGAUGCAAGCAUGAAACGACAAAAAACAUUACAAGAUCUGAAAGUAUUUUCUGAAAUAGAAAAUGUCAAUGCAAACUUAACGUCAAGAGGCAUUGACGAUACACCUCCAUCGAAUCUGAACAAAUGUCUGACCAACUCUUAUGAAAAUAUUUCAGAAAGGACGUAUUCCAGUAACAGGAUAACCGAAAUAUCGCCAACGCGACAUUUCACAACUGUUAAUGAUAAUUGCAUUUCUGAUAAUUUAUUGGUAUCAAGCUCCGAUGUAGAAAACAUGCCUGAUUUAGCCAAUUACGAAAAUACCAGCAGUUUACGAGAUGAUUUAUCGAAAUGGUCAAAUACAAAAGGUUCUCCAUCCUUGCAUAAAAAAACAUUAAAGAAGAAAAGUUCAAUGAAUUCGGUAAGUGCGGAUUAACAGAAAGAACAAUUGCGUCAAAGUAAACAAUUAACAUCAGUUCCCAGACAACAAAGCUUAUUAAGCAUGUAUGGAUUUCACAAAAGAUCGAGUCUUAAACAUUAACUUUAAGGAGCUCCAAUAUUUUGAUUUUUUGUAAUUAUGUAAGUCAGAUAGCAUUUUUCUAUAAUAAUAUUGAAUAAAGAUUGUUUUUAUAGUCUACAAAAUAUUGAAAGUAAAACGCAAAAAGCAGGUAAAAGCUUUUAUAAAAAGUAAAACUGUGAUUCUUAUUGUUACUACCAGCGCGUAAUCAACAUUUAUUUAGAAUGAGCGUUACGAUUGUAAAAAGACACCUGAGUUCUAUAUCUCUGUAUAAUUCACUGCCAUAUACGCAUAUAAACAUCGACUGAUUGUGAGCAUUAAAACUGUUUUCCGUCUUACUACUGCCACGUAUUAAUAUUUCAAUUUUAGGAGUGUACGUUAUGUUCCGUUGAAUGAUCUUAUGUGACUCGUUAAGUAGAAUUAUCUCAUCGAAAUUUAUCUUGAAUUUAUGAUCUCAAACUAUUAUUAUUAUACUAUUAUUAUAUUAUUUUUGAAAAUGAGGUUCAGAGAACUUUGUAGCAAAUUGAAUGUAAAAUCUACAUAUCAUCAAGAAAAACAAAAUAAGACUACAACUUUUUGUUGGCGAUUACAUAAAUUAUACAUAUUAAUUAAUGAAGUAUAUUUUGAAAUUCUCA